CCGUCCCGUCCAGUUUCCCCCUGUCUCCCGUGUUUAUCUUCCCCUUCCGCUCCCUCCUCACUGUUUUUGUUGUUGUUUCCCUCUUAAAGAUGGCUUGUCAGCAGCUCCAGAGUGGGGAGAGCGUGGCGUCACUGAAAAGAGAGAGCGAGAGUCUGAAGAAGAAGCUGGAGGAGGAGCGGAAAAAACUGAGCGACGUGGAGUUGAACCAGGUGGCUGAGAAGAUUGAGGUAGUGGGUACUCUCUCCAUAAAGACCAGACGUGUGCUGAAGGGUCAUGGGAACAAGGUGCUGUGUAUGGACUGGUGUAAAGACAAACGUCGUCUCGUCAGCUCUUCACAGGAUGGCAAAGUGAUUGUCUGGGAUGCAUUCACUCUUAAUAAGGAACAUGGGGUAAGCCUGCCAUGUACAUGGGUUAUGGCGGUUGCUUAUGCUCCCUCAGGUUGUGCUAUUGCAUGUGGCGGAUUGGAUAACAAGUGCUCAGUGUUCCCACUGUCUCUGGACAAAAAUGAGAAUCUGGCUGCAAAGAAGAAGUCUGUUGCCAUGCACACCAACUAUUUAUCAGGAUGCACCUUUACCAGCUCCGACAUGCAGCUCCUGACCUCCAGUGGUGACGGCACAUGUGCUUUGUGGGAUGUGGAGAGCGGACAGCUGUUGCAGAGUUUCCAUGGUCACACAGCUGAUGUCUUGUCCCUGGACCUCGCCCCAUCUGAGACUGGAAACACUUUUGUCUCUGGGGGCAGUGAUAAGAAGUCCAACGUGUGGGACAUGCGCUCUGGACAGAACAUUCAGUCUUUUGAGAGCCACGAGUCAGACAUCAACUGUGUAAAGUACUACCCCAGUGGAGACGCAUUUGCUUCUGCUUCAGAUGAUUCCACAUGCCGUUUCUAUGAUCUGCGAGCUGACCGUGAAGUUGCCGUCUACCAGAAGGACAGCAUCAUAUUUGGUGCUACCAGUGUGGACUUCUCUCUGAGUGGUCGCCUGCUUUUCGCUGGUUAUAAUGAUUACACCAUCAAUGUGUGGGACGUUAUGAAGGGAACUCGCGUCUCUGUUCUGUUUGGCCACGAGAACCGCGUCAGCAAAGUCCAACUGUCACCUGAUGGCACGGCGCUCUGCUCGGCCUCCUGGGACAACACCUUACGGAUUUGGUCCUAGAGCUGAUAUCACAGUUGUGAUCCAGUGAUGACAGCACCAGCAUCAUGUGACUGCCUGCAGGAGUGUGUACAUACAAACCAUCAGUGUGACAAACACACACAAGCACAAAAAUGACAAUAUAUCAUUGUAUUAUCAUGUAACUGUAGGGUGGGUAUUUGUGGAAGAGAGAAAAGUUUGCAAUGCUAAUAUUUGUUAGCUUGAUAACUCAUUGUAUAAUUUUGUAAUUCUAAGUAUAGUGGGAAAUAGGGUUGCAGCAGU